GUGGAGGGUCUUGUCCGGAGCCUUCCUGUGCCGCCCGCUCAUCCCCUCACUUUCCUCACCCCUCUCACUCCUCCCCCCAACCCUCCCCAUCCCCGCUUCUAAACUUAGGGUUUUUAGAGAUCGGGCCUCGCUCUGUCCCGACGCCCUGGUCCGACUCUCGCUUUUGGGAGUGAACCAACGCAGAAGGAGGAAACGAGAAGCUCUCUGAGCCUUUCCGCCUCGUCCCCCAUCUGAAGGCGGGGCUGGAGAAGGCGCGGGCUCUGCGCACGCUCCGCGCGGCCCACGUGGAGCCUGUGCAGCGGCAAUUGUGAGUGGGGGGGUUCGUGCCGGGGUCUGUUUUUCGGAGCGGUACCCCUGGAAGGAUCGGGCCUGGAUCUCGGCUGGGUGCGCGCCUGUGAUCCCGCUGCCUGGGGCCGCUCCAUCCGGAUCUGUGUUAUUUUCCUGCGUCCCAGCCUUGGCUCACGCUCCGCUGUCUGCCUGAAUUGAGCGUAUCUUGGAUACGAGAAAUAUUCAGAUAAAGCCCCACCCUGGCCUUUCUGUACUCCGCAGUCUAGAAAUGGAGGUGGACAAGAAAAUAACUGCAGUUGACUGUGCUAAAUAGUAAUGUAGGUAGACACUAGCUAGAGAGGUGGCAGACAGUAGGGAGGGUUUAACUCUGGGUCAGAAAUGCAGCCACGGGAGAUGGGCUGUCAUCCCCUCGGCUACCGGAUCCAGAACCCCGGAGUCCUCUCUAAGUCCUUCCUUUGCUUUACCACCAGUCGAUCACUAAGUCGAGCAGCUUGUGUCUUUUAACUAUUUCAACAUCCCCUUUGCAGCGAUUCUCGUGCAGGCCACCAUCGUUUCUUACCAGGACGACUCCGGAGCCUCUUUGCUGGAUCUACUCUUGGCAAAGGACCCCCUCCUGGCCCGAGUCCACAAAGAUCUUUCUGUAAUGCCUUUCUAACCAUACCACUCCCUUUCUUUGAACGUUUCAGUCGCUUUCCACUGUAAGACUUGCAAGAGUCUCCACUAUAUGGACCUUUCCUGCCUUCCUCAAUAUCUCACCACUCUCUCUAGAAUCUCUGCCCUGGUGACACUACAUUAUUUCCUUUAAUGCUGUUCCCUGGGAUGCUCUUCCUAAUAGGCACUCCCUUUGAUAGGUAUUUUUCAGAUGUAGGUUAAAAGGUCACUUCCUCCAGGAAGCCCUCCUGACCCCCUCCUGCUUAGGAUCCUGUAGAUCCCUGACCAUAAUGUGCAUCACAUCUUAACAUUAUUACCUACUGUAAGUCUUCCUCCUAGUUUCUAGGCCCAGUGAGUCCAGUGACUGUUUUUGCUUUAAUUUGUAAUCUUUCUGGCUUGGUGUGUCAUGGAUAAUCUAUCAAUACUCGUUCAAGUAAGAUAGGUGGUGAUGGGGCUGAGGGCGCGAGUUUUCCAGGCAGAGGAAACCAUGUAUACAUGUGUGUAAAGCCGUGGAGGAGAGGAACUGGGGCCCUCAUUUGACGGUCUGGUCCAGUAGUGGGGCGUGGGGAGAAAGAAAGGCUUAUGGGGAGAUGGGGGACAGAGUGCGGAGGGCCUGGGAUACCACCUUGAUGAGUUUACACUUGACCUUGUGGGCAGUAGAGGCCUCCAAGGGCACCUCAGCAAGGCUUUGCUAAUUUUCUCUUCCUCCAAAGCUGUUACUUAUUCUACUUUGACUUUGGAUUAUAUCCCGUGAGAGUCUGCUUAUCUGAAGCCUUUGGCUCUUGUCGCCCUUACUGGAUUCUGAAGACAGGAGGAGCUGAGGCCCAGAGCACUUCACUGAUCUUCAGGAUGGCCGCAGCCCCCCAAGCGUCAGGGAGGGGCUCUGUGCGGAAGACGAGACCUUUACCUGUGAAGACGUCACUCAACAACCCAUACGUCACCUGCUGGGGUGCCCUGGAGAGAGAGGAUAUGCACUUCAUACUACAGACGCUCGAAGACAGAUUUAAAUCUCUUGGGCUUCAGAAGAUUGAGGACAAGAGGAGAAAGAAAAAGCAGUCCCCUUUGCAAAAACAGAGCGGAGACACAUGGAGCAUGGACAUGGACACUGGUGAGGACUCGAAGGAGAAAAAGCUGGAAGAUAACCAACAGGCCUCAGGGUGGACCCCUGCCCACAUCAGGAAGCAGCUGGCAAUUGGAGUCAAUGAGGUCACCAGGGCUCUGGAAAGGAACGAGCUGCUCUUAGCCUUGGUGUGCAAGUCUGCCAAGCCUGCCAUCAUCACCGCACACCUGGUCCAGCUGAGUGUGAGCAGGACUGUCCCCGCCUGCCAGGUCCCCCGGCUCAGUGAGAGGAUCGCUCCCGUCAUUGGCCUCAAGUGCGUCCUGGCCCUGGGGUUCAGAAAAAACACCGCUGCCUUUGUUGAGGAGGUGAAGGCCAUCAUUCCCAGAGUCCCCAGCCUGAGAGUUCCUUGGCUUCCAGACAGACUUGAAGACCCCAAGGAGAACCCAGAGACUGAAUCCUUGGAAAGCCAAGACAAAGAGAUUUUGGAAACAUCCUUUGAAGAUCUCUCUAAACACAAGAGAAAGCUCGCCGACCAUCAGGAGGCUGUCGUGUUACAACCCCUGAGAAUAAAGAAACUGAUUCCAAACCCCAACAAGAUAAGGAAACCACCCAAAAGUAAAAAAACAACUUGAAAGUCAUCUUGUGUAAACUUGUCACUUCAUAUAUAGUUGUAAAACGACAGUUCGUAAAGAAGCCUUGAAAUGAAUAAAAUGAGUUACUCUUACAUGUAUUCUUGGGACACUGUUUAGUACCACUUUAGUUCCACUAGAAGGAGUGGCUGUAGAACAGAGCUAAGACUGAGGCUUAUAUGCUGAGUGAGGACAACAUUGAGGCCUAUGAGUAACAAAACAAAGGUGUACUGAAAGAGAUGCCCGUGCUUGUGUGAAUUCACUUUUUAAAAGGCUAGUACAGUGCUUGUAAGCAAGGACAUCUGUAUCCUGCAACUCUUAACUUGUUCCUUUCCAGGAAGGAGUUUUUCUGUCACACUUGGAGAAUGUGCCACAGUAAACCUGGUUCUGGUUGGUGGGGAAGAUGAAACUGGACUGCAUCAGUUUUAAAGGGAAAAGACUAAAUGCCAUGUGAUACACUGUCUUCAGAAACAAUACAUUAUUUUUUUUUA